AUGCAGUGGGGCGGCCUCUACUUUGUGUGUUUAGCGGUAUGCUGCUUCCAUACUGCAUCAGAACCUCUUGGUAUACCGGAUUAUCAGGCAAACGGCAUCAGGAAGCGUCGAAGUGAUGAGAAGGAUGGGCUCGCCCUGUCCAGGGAAAUAUUCAGAAACAUUACUAUGAAACUGCGAGAAAACAUCAAGCGGGAAGGAGCAACUGACACGAACGAUCAUUUAUUACAAAAUAAAAUCGUCGAGUCGCGUCACUAUGCACCAUAUCAAGAGUAUCAUCACUAUGAACGACACUGGGGCCCAUACUUCGAGGAACGAAAUGUCACACAAGUGACGGCGCAUGUAGGGUCAGAGGCCCUUUUGAAUUGUAGAGUAGUAAUGCUUAAGGACAAAACUGUUAUGUGGCUAAGAAACACAACAGAUACAGCCCAGUUACUAACAGUUGGACCAGCGCCUUACGCUGGAGACAACCGAGUCGCUGUAAAAUUCCAAUAUCCCAAUAAUUGGAGACUAAGCAUCAAUCCAGUAAAGUGGUCCGACGCGGGGCUCUAUAUGUGCCAAAUAUCCACGCAUCCCCCGAGAACAAUAUAUGCUAAUUUCUCCGUACUCCCCCCCGUAUUAACAAUAAAUGGUGAUAAAACCCACGAUGUAAAAGAUAGGUUCUAUAAAGCCGGGAGUUCCAUAAAGCUUUCCUGCGUUAUAUCGGAAGAAUACGUUUCAUCUCUCCCCACUAAAACUGCAAUGACUACUAAAACAUACCCAACGACCACGACGCCUCCGACGACGACGACGGAAUUGUCAACUAAAAUGAGUACUAUAUUCAAUAGAAUAGAUAUAAUGUUAAAUAAAAGUUGGAGCGUGGAAACGACCACGAUAACAACGACCGUUAGUACGAGCACCACAACUGAGAAUACUGAAACUAAAAGUACCACAGAAGUGACUACGGCGAAACCAGUUAAAAAGACCAUUUUGAAUAACAUUUACGGUCUAUCUUGGAAAAAACAAGGCAUGGAAUACAAUGAGACGGUGUCUUGGCGUAAUAUGAGUGCUACGAUCAGCGUAAGUUCAGCUUCGCAAAACGAUAGCGGGACAUACACAUGUCUUCUACAGAACCAUUCACAAGUCAUAGUAAACGUACAUGUUUUGAUAGGUGAGAACCAAGCCGCUGUUCAUCACGACACCUGGAACAAAGGGUCAUAUUUUCGGAUGCCUGAUAUUAUAAUUUUAGUCAUCCUUAUAACAUUUAUGUCUUUACUGACUUAAAAUAUAAUAAUUAAAUAUUGUACACGUA